AUGUUUGUUUAUGAGCCGAAGCCCGAAAGUGUUAGUUAUGACGGAGUGAAGAGGCCAAGAGGGGGCCGGUUGUGCUAUGGUAACGACGAUGUUAUGUUGUCUCCGAGGCCGAACAAUGUCGGCGAAAGUAGAGUGCGACGUUUUGUCUCGGUGCCGGUCGUCGGGAGACCAAAAAGGGCACGGGCGUACGAGAUGGCGCGACUGCGUCGUUGCCGCGUCGAAUAUCGUUCGUUCAGUCGUGCACUCGUGCCGCCCGGAGGCUCAGGACUAUGGAUUCAAUCGCGAGCUGAUCUGGAGCGGUACGUGCGUGUACUGUGUACAUUGAGAGUCGUUACCAAAGAGAGCGGCCCGGGCCCGGCACGCCUAGACAUCCGUGGAGAAGCCGCGACAUGA